AUGGCUACCAGAGCACAGUUUGAAAAUUCUAAUGAAGUUGGUGUUUUCUCCAAACUUACAAACUCCUAUUGUUUGGUUGCACUUGGAGGAUCAGAAAACUUUUAUUCUGCGUUCGAAGCAGAGCUUGGUGAUGUGAUUCCAGUUGUUCAUACAACAAUCGCUGGAACAAAGAUUAUUGGAAGAAUGGUUGCAGGAAACAGAAGGGGAUUAUUGGUGCCAUCUCAAACAACGGAUCAAGAAUUGAUGCAUCUACGAAACAGUUUACCAGACAGUGUUAAAAUUCAAAGAGUUGAGGAAAGAUUAUCUGCUUUGGGAAAUGUCAUUUGUUGCAAUGAUUAUGUGGCAUUAGUACACCCAGAUAUUGAACGGGAGACAGAAGAAAUUAUAGCAGAUACAUUGGGCGUUGAAGUGUUUAGACAAACUAUUGCUGGAAAUGUUCUAGUUGGUUCAUACUGUUGUAUAUCUAACCAGGGUGGAUUAGUUCACCCUCAGACUCCUAUUCAAGAUCAGGAAGAACUUUCAUCAUUGCUUCAAGUUCCACUUGUGGCGGGAACCGUUAACAGAGGCUCUCCAGUCAUCGGUGCUGGUAUGGUUGUGAAUGACUGGCUUUCAGUCACUGGUUUGGCUACGACCGCUCCAGAACUAUCUGUCAUUGAGAGUAUAUUUAAAUUGCAGGAUGCUCAGCCAGAUGCCAUAUCUGGAUCGUUGCGUGAUACUCUUAUUGAGACAUACUCAUGA